CCCGGGUCCCUGCCCGCGCCCCCAGCAGUGCCCUGGCCGCAGAGCCGCCGCUGCCGCCCGAUGAAUGGAGUCGCCUUCUGCCUGGUCGGGAUCCCGCCCCGCCCGGAGCCCCGGCCCCCUCAGCUGCCACUGGGCCCGAGAGAUGGGUGCUCCCCUGGGCGCCCCCUCCCCUGGCAAGGGCCGCGGACACUGCUGCUGCACAAAAGUCUCCAGGAUGGCUUUGGCUUCACCUUGCGCCACUUCAUCGUGUACCCACCAGAGUCAGCCGUGCACUGUAGCCUGAAGGAGGAAGAGAAUGGAGGCCGAGGAGGAGGAGGAGGAGGAGGAGGACCCUCCCCCCGGCACCACCGCCUGGAGCCCAUGGAUACCAUCUUUGUCAAGAACGUGAAGGAUGAUGGCCCUGCCCAUAGAGCGGGGCUUCGCACAGGGGACCGGCUGGUGAAGGUGAAUGGGGAGAGCGUCAUUGGGAAGACCUACUCCCAGGUCAUAGCUCUGAUCCAGAAUAGCGAUGAUACUCUGGAGCUCUCCAUCAUGCCCAAGGACGAGGAUAUCCUCCAGCUGGCCUACUCCCAGGACGCCUACCUGAAGGGGAACGAGCCGUAUUCUGGAGAGGCCCGGAGCAUCCCAGAGCCACCCCCAAUCUGCUACCCUCGCAAGACUUACGCCCCGCCAGCCCGGGUCUCCACCUGGGCCACUAUGGUGCCUGAGCCCCUCUCAGCACUGCCCAGUGACCCCCGGAGUCCUGCUGCCUGGAGCGACCCGGGGCCCCGCGUCCCUUCCACCACCCGUUCCCAUCUGGACAACUCUUCCUCGGGGAUGAGCCAGCCCCGCCCCAGCCCUGGUGCCUUCCCCCGCCUCCCCCCGGAGCCCCGGAUGCCCCGUGCCUUCCCUGAGCCUGGCAGCCGGGUGCCCCCCAGCAGACUGGAGUGCCAACAGGCCUUGUCACACUGGCUGUCAAACCAGGUACCCCGCAGGGCGGGGGAGAGACGGUGCCCUGCCAUGCCCCCCCGGGCCCGCAGUGCCUCCCAGGACCGGUUAGAGGAAGUGACUGCCCACCACCCAUGGCCCUGCUCCACCUCCCAGGGUGCCUUGAGCCAGUUGGGCCAGGAAGGCUGGCACCGAGCUCGCUCAGACGACUACUUGAGCCGGGCCACCCGCUCAGCUGAGGCACUGGGGCCAGGAGCACUGGUAUCACCCCGUUUUGAGCGCUGUGGCUGGGCUUCCCAGCGUCCGUCUGCCCACACCUCUGCCUGCCCACCCAGGGACCUUCCCGCACCCCAGGCCCCACCCCCGCCUGGUCUGCAAGGCCUGGACGACAUUGGGUACAUUGGAUACCGGAGCUACAGUCCAUCAUUCCAGCGCCGGACUGGCCUCCUGCAUGCACUCUCCUUCCGGGACUCACCAUUUGGGGGGCUACCCACCUUCAACUUGGCCCAGUCCCCAGCAUCAUUCCCACCGGAGGCCUCCGAACCACCAAGGGUUGUCCGCCCAGAACCUGGCACCCGGGCUCUGGAGCCUCCCACUGAGGAUCGCCGCGAUGAGGUGGUCCUGAGGCAAAAGCCUCCCACAGGCCGCAAGGUCCAGCUGCCCCCUGCAAGACAGAUGAACCUUGGGUUUGGUGAAGAGUCCCCAGAGCCAGAGACCAGUGGGCGCGUGGAACGCUUGGGCAAGAAGAUGGCCCCUUUGGCCACUACCGAAGAUUCUCUGGCUUCCAUCCCCUUCAUUGAUGAACCCACCAGCCCCAGCAUUGACCUCCAAGCCAAGCACGUCCCUGCCUCUGCUGUGGUCUCCAGCGCCAUGAAUUCAGCCCCUGUCCUGGGCACCAGCCCAUCCUCCCCAACCUUCACCUUUGCUCUCGGCCGCCAUUACUCCCAGGACUGCAGUAGCAUCAAGGCCGGCCGCCGCUCCUCCUACCUUCUGGCCAUCACCACCGAGCGCUCCAAGUCCUGUGACGAUGGGCUCAACACCUUCCGGGAAGAGGGCAGGGCUCUGAGGCGCCUGCCAAACCGGGUACCCAGCCUGCGGAUGCUGCGAAGCUUCUUCACUGACGGGUCCUUGGAUAGCUGGGGCACUUCUGAAGAUGCCGAUGCUCCCUCUAAGCGACACUCCACCUCUGACCUCUCGGAUGCAACCUUCAGUGAUAUCAGGAGAGAAGGCUGGUUGUAUUAUAAGCAGGUCCUCACCAAGAAGGGGAAGAAAGCGGGCGGCGGCCUGCGCCAGUGGAAGCGGGUGUACGCCGCGCUGCGGGCGCGCUCGCUCUCGCUGAGCAAGGAGCGGCGGGAGCCCGGGCCGGCGGCGGCGGGGGCGGCGGCGGCCGUCGCAGGUGAGGACGAGGCGGCGCCCGUCUGCAUCGGCUCCUGCCUGGUGGACAUCUCCUACAGCGAGACCAAGAGGAGGCACGUGUUCCGGCUGACCACCGCUGACUUCUGUGAAUAUCUCUUUCAGGCUGAGGACCGGGAUGACAUGCUGGGCUGGAUCAGAGCGAUCCGAGAGAACAGCAGGGCCGAGGGCGAGGACCCCGGCUGUGCCAACCAAGCUCUGAUCAGCAAGAAGCUUAAUGAUUAUCGCAAAGUAAGCCAUAGCUCUGCGCCCAAAGCUGAUUCCUCCCCAAAAAUCUCUCGUGGCCUGGGGGGCCUCAAGUCUGAGUUCCUCAAACAGAGUGCUGCACGUGGCCUCCGGACUCAGGACCAGCCUGCAGGAAACAAGGAUGACAGUGCUGCCACUCCUAAAACCCCUUGGGGCAUCAACAUUAUCAAGAAAAACAAGAAGGCAGCUCCUCGGGCAUUUGGGGUCCGGCUGGAGGAGUGCCAGCCAGCCAUCGAGAACCAGAGGGUCCCCCUGAUUGUGGCUGCGUGCUGUCGCAUUGUGGAGGCACGGGGGCUGGAGUCCACGGGCAUUUACCGAGUGCCAGGCAACAAUGCAGUGGUGUCCAGCCUGCAGGAGCAGCUCAACCGUGGGCCCGGUGACAUCAACCUACAGGAUGAGCGCUGGCAAGACCUCAACGUGAUCAGCAGUCUGCUCAAGUCCUUCUUCCGAAAACUACCUGAGCCUCUUUUCACUGAUGACAAAUACAAUGACUUCAUCGAGGCCAACCGCAUCGAAGACUCAAGGGAGCGGAUGAAGACGCUCAGGAAGCUGAUCCGAGAUCUCCCAGGACACUACUAUGAAACACUCAAAUUCCUCGUGGGCCAUCUGAAGACCAUUGCUGACCACUCGGAGAAAAACAAGAUGGAGCCCAGGAACCUGGCCCUGGUCUUUGGGCCAACACUGGUGAGGACGUCUGAGGACAACAUGGCAGACAUGGUGACCCACAUGCCUGACCGCUAUAAGAUUGUGGAGACGCUGAUCCAGCAUUCAGACUGGUUCUUCAGCGAUGAUGAGGACAAGGGAGAGAGAACUCCUGUGGAUGACAAGGAGCCUCAGUCAGUGCCCAACAUUGAGUACCUCCUGCCUAACAUUGGCAGGACGGUGCCCCCUGGUGACCCAGGUUCAGACUCUACCACCUGCAGUUCAGCCAAGUCCAAGGGCUCGUGGGCCCCCAAGAAGGAGCCGUACGCCCGGGAGAUGCUGGCGAUCUCCUUCAUCUCGGCGGUCAACCGCAAGCGGAAGAAGCGGCGGGAGGCGCGGGGGCUGGGCAGCAGCACCGACGACGACUCGGAGCAGGAGGCGCACAAGCCCGAGGCGGGGGCGCCGGCGCCUGGGGCGCGGGACCAGCCGGAGGGGCCGCCGCCGGCCGCCGCCGCCGCCGCCGCCGCCGCCGCCCCCCCCCCGGAGGCCCCGGGCCGCCUCAGCCCCCCGGCGGCGCCGGACGAGCGGCCGGCCGCGGACACGCGCUCCAUCGUCUCGGGCUACUCCACGCUGUCCACCAUGGACCGCAGCGUGUGCUCGGGCGCCGGCGGCCGGCGGCCGGGCGCGGGGGACGAGGCGGACGACGAGCGCAGCGAGCUGAGCCACGUGGAGACGGACACGGAGGCCGGCGCGGGACCCGGGGGGCGCCCUGCGCGCCGGCCCUCCUUCAGCUCGCACCGCCUCAUGCCCUGCGACACCCUGGCGCGCCGCCGCCUGGCCCGCAGCCGCCCGGACGCCGAGAGCCCGGGCGGGGGCGGGGGCGCGGGCGGGGGCGCGGGGCGGGGCGGGGGCCGCGCCGCGGAGCCGCCGGGCUCGGCCUCGUCCAGCAGCCAGGAGUCGCUGCGCCCCCCGGCGGCGGCGGCGGCGGCGGCGGCGGCGCUGGGCUCGCGGCCGUCGCGCAUCGAGGCGCUGCGGCUGCGCCUCCGCGGCACCGCGGACGACAUGCUGGCCGUGCGGCUGCGGCGGCCGCUGUCGCCCGAGACGCGGCGGCGCCGGAGCAGCUGGCGGCGCCACACGGUGGUGGUGCAGAGCCCGCUGACCGACCUCAACUUCAACGAGUGGAAGGAGCUGGGCGGCGGCGGCCCCCCGGAGCCCACGGGCCCGCGGGCGCACAGCGACAACAAAGACUCGGGCCUCAGCAGCCUGGAGUCCACCAAGGCGCGGGCCCCGGCGGCGGCGCCCUCGCUGCCGCCCGGGGACCCGGGGGCCCUGCAGAGCCAGCCCCCGCGCCGCUCGGCCGCCUCCCGCCUCCAUCAGUGUCUGUGACCAGCACCCCCGUAGCGCCGGUCCCCUCCCCCAGGCCUCUGUGGCCUGCGGCCCCCUCCCCUUGUCCCCCGGGCGUCCCUCGAGUCUGUGUGCGGGGCUGGUAGGACGUGGGCAGGCCAGAGGCCCCCGCAGCCGUCAGAGCAGCGGGGAGACCGGAGGCACGGGCUGCUGGGGCUCUGUGGCAGAGUGGGCCCUUCGUGCUGCUCUUAGAGACCCUUGGUGGCCACGGGGCGUGGCUAAGGACCCCCCAAGUCUCAGACUAAAGGAAAGACACAGGGUGAUGCUGGCUCUUGGCAUCUUUCCUCUGCCCCUGCCUAGUAGCUCCUAGCUCCUGGCUGAGGGGAACGGGGUGUAUGUAUGUCAGGGGAGAGGAGAUGGAGGGGGUAGUGUCCCUGGGACGCAGGGCAUGUGUGCCACUGUGCCAGUCACUGUCAGAAGAUGUUUCCGUGGCAACUUCUGCCCCUCCCGCCCCCUUGAUUCCUGGCCUGCCCCACACCACACACCUGCCUGCCCCCCCCCCGGGGCUUCUUGCCUUUGGUGCAUCCAGGGAUCCUGCCCCCUGCUGCUUGUCAGAGCCAGAGAAGGAAGCUAGGGCCACUCCACAGAGGCAGGGCUGAGUCUUACCAGGGUUACUCCCCUCACCAACUUUUUGCCAACCUCUAAACCACCCUUACUAGGCGUGGUGACCAUGAGGAGCUAGCUGCCAGUUCCCCAGCGAGUUUUGGGAGGGUCCAGUGUGCCCCCCUCCCAAGACCUCCAUUGCCCGUCCUUUUAUUCUUCCAGCUGUGCCUGCUUCUUCCACAACUCAGGCACACAGACCCCCACCUCCUUCCCUGUAGGAGGGGGCGUAGUAAACAUCCCUGGUGUCUCUCUCGGUCUCUCUCUCUUGUUCUCUGUCCCUCCCUCCCUCCCUCUCUCUCUCAAACACACCACACACACACACACACACACACACACACACUGAUUUAUGGGGUCUGAGCUGGGCUGUUCCUUCAGGAUGGGCGGGACCCAGCCCCCUCCCCUUCUCCCCACAUGUUGUAAAUAGACCUCAGACCACCAGGCCUCCCCACACACGCCCUCACUUAUUCCAGGGAAGCCCAGGUGGGGUUGUGAACCCCACUGCCAUGUCUAUCAGUCCUCUCGUUUUAUGCAAAGAUUUGCUGUAAAGUAGAGUUCACUCUCCUCCCUCCCUCCCUCCCUCUUCCUUUUAUUGUAAAUAUUGUCUCUAAAUGUGUAACAUAUUAUAAAGAAUUUAUAAGGAUUUUUAAAGAUGUUUUGCUCCUUUAAAAAAGUGUUGUAACAGUGUUGGAUAAGCCUCUGGCCCCACGUGCGCAUGUCUCCUUUCACUGUGUCCUUGACACACCUCUCUAGGCGACAACUAAGAUUUCCUGCUUCUGAAAAGUCCUGUCUUAAAAGUAUAGUCUAUAUCUUGGAAAUAAAUGGCCUUCCUUGAGGCACGA